AAGAAGGGGCAUUGCCACGUAAAUUCACUCGCGAGAACCUUUCCUUCAAUGUACGCUUCGUUGCUGAUAAUCAUGCACGCCCCCAAAUUAGGGUUCAUUUUCACACCUCUCAGCUGCUAAAGCUUUGCUUUUGUACGCUAAUUAUUCCGUCCGUAACCGGGCUCUGCAAAAAUUAGUCUCAAAUUCUCGAGGGGGUAGGGUUUUCCUCCGCACCAACAACAAUGAACGGUGCCGGAUCGGGAUCCUCGAACCUCUGCAUAAACGACACUCUCACUGACGACGAGCUUCGUUCGAUCCUGGCGAAGCUGGAGAGCGAGAAGGACAAGGAGAUCUUCGGGUUGGUGUGUAAGAGGUGGCUCCGAUUGCAGAGCACCGAAAGGAAGAAGCUUGCGGCGCGUGCAGGUCCACACAUGCUUCGCAGAAUGGCUGAUAGGUUCACGCGCUUGCUCGAAUUGGACCUUGCCCAGUCCGUUUCGCGGUCGUUCUAUCCCGGCGUCACCGAUUCCGACCUCGCCGUCAUCGCCAAUGGUUUCACAUGCUUGAGGGUCCUCAAUUUGCAUAAUUGUAAAGGAAUUUCAGAUGUUGGAAUGAAAGCAAUUGGUGAAGGUCUUUCCUUGUUGCAGUCAUUGGAUGUAUCCUACUGCAGAAAGCUGACUGACAAGGGACUAGCUGCUGUCGCUAAAGGCUGUAGCGACUUACGGGUAUUGCAUCUCGCCGGUUGCAGAUUCGUUACGGAUGGUAUAUUAGAAGCUCUCUCCAAAAACUGUCAUAAUCUAGAAAAACUGGGAUUGCAAGGGUGCACAAAUAUUACCAACUAUGGAUUGAUAAGCCUUGCAAGUGGUUGUCAACAGAUCAAGUAUUUGGACAUCAACAAAUGCAGUAAUGUCAGUGAUGUUGGCGUCUCUAGUGUUUCUAGGGCUUGUUCAUCAUCUCUCAAGACAUUAAAGUUGUUGGAUUGCUACAAAAUUGGGGAUGAAACCAUAUUAUCCUUGUCCAAAUACUGCGAUAAUCUUGAGACUCUAAUCAUUGGUGGUUGCCGGGAUGUCUCCAACGACGCAAUAAAAUCUCUUGCUGCUGCAGGUAGGAGCAGUCUUAAGAACUUAAGGAUGGAUUGGUGUCUAAACCUCUCGGAUUCAUCGUUGAGCUGUAUUUUAAGUCAAUGCAGAAACCUUGAGGCACUGGACAUUGGUUGCUGUGAGGAGGUGAGCGAUGCUGCUUUCGAGCUUAUAAGCAGCGAGGAGGUGGAUUUGAGGUUGAAGAUUUUGAAGGUUAGUAACUGUCCGAAGAUCACAGUGGCAGGAAUAGGCAUUCUUGUGGGAAAAUGCAGUUAUCUGGAAUACUUGGAUGUGAGAUCAUGCCCACAUAUUACGAAGGCUGGCCUGGAUGAGGCUGGUCUCCAUUUUCCUGAAUUCUGUAAAGUUAAUUUUAAUGGUACCAUCAAUGAGCCUGUUGUGCUUAUUUGAUUCUAUAAUUAUAAUUAUAAUUCUUAGUUGUAAAGAUUGGCAUCAGACAUAGGGUAUUCUUCCUACAUCAACAUGAUGAACUUUAUUGAUAAGAGAGGAGAAUAUUUUUAGUUUUCUUAUGGAACCCACAUGUGUAAUGUAAUGUAAUAUAUAUCAUAAUUUGUUGUGAUUUGAGUUGUAAA